UAAACAAAUAUUUAAAGCAGCCAAUAAUGCAUCAUAUUGAGAAUGAUGUGACAAAAUGACCAAAUUAUCACCACUUUGGUCCCUUCCUUCAUUGUUGUCAAGUUGUCAACAGAUCCUUCGUCCUCUGCUCCUACGAAGACACCACCCAUCUUUCUGAACUUUACUCUUCAGUUGUGUCUGAGUGAGUGAGUGAGCGAGCGAGGGAGGGAGGGAGAGAAGGAGAGAACAAGAGGGAUGGCGAAAAGGUACUGUUACAAGGAUUUACUGCCUUUUGCGGCGCUGGUGGCAAUGGAAUGCAACAACGUUGGAUUGAAUACUCUGUUCAAAGCUGCAACCUUGAAAGGCAUGAGCUACCACGUCUUUGUCGUCUAUGCUUAUGCUGUUGCUGCGAUUGUGCUCCUCCCAAUAUCCUUCGUUUCCCGAAGGUCGAGGGUGCUUCCUCCACUCAAUUUCUCCAUAUUCUCCAGAAUUGUCUUUCUCGGGUUUAUAGGGUGUUCAUCUCAGAUCAUGGGGUACACAGGCAUCAGUUACAGUUCUCCCACACUUUCGUCAGCCAUAAGUAAUCUGGUCCCAGCUUUCACUUUCUUGCUUGCCAUCCUUUUCAGGAUGGAAACGAUUGCAAUAAAAAGUUCAAGCUGUCAAGCUAAGAUUUUGGGCACCAUAGUAUCAAUAUCAGGGGCAUUUGUGGUAACUCUGUACAAAGGACCACCCAUCAUCAUCACUCAUGCACCUUCCUUUUCACUUCAUCAACCUCUCAACACUCCGAGAUCAGUGGAUCCAAGUUGGGCCAUUGGUGGUCUUCUGCUCACAGCUGAGUACAUACUUGUUCCACUUUGGUACAUUGUCCAGGUACAAAUCAUGAAGGUUUACCCGGAUGAGUUAACCGUGGUCUUUUUUUAUAACUUAUGUGUUAGUAUAAUGGCAGCCAUUGUAGGAAUAUUUGCAGAGCCAAAUCCAAGUGCUUGGAAGAUAGGACCCGGCACAGCUUUGGCCUCCAUUCUUUGUUCUGGAAUCUUCGGGUCAUUCUUGAACAAUGCAAUUCACACUUGGACACUGCGCAUGAAGGGGCCACUCUAUGUAGCAAUGUUUAAGCCACUCUCAAUUGCCAUUGCUGUUGCCAUGGGGUUUAUCUUCCUUGGUGAUGCUCUCCAUCUUGGAAGUCUGAUUGGAGCCACGAUAAUAUCGAUGGGAUUUUAUACCGUAAUGUGGGGAAAAUCAACAGAAGAGAUGGAUGAAAAUGUUGGUAGAGUGGAAUCACCUACUGCAGAGAAUGUUCCACUCCUGCAAGGCUAUGAAACUGAAAGAGCUGGAAAGAACAUGCAUGCAAAUGUAUAGAAGGGGAUUACCGUCGUCCAUGGCUCUUCUCUUAACAUCUGAAGAAACAUAAAGAAAUAUAGUCAAAGAACAGCAUGGUAUAACAUGCCCGGCGGAGAGCUCAAUGUGUAGUAUCAUAUUGCCCAACUUGUAUAUUCUUAACCCUCCGGAAAAUGAAUGAGAUUUUUUUCAUUCAAUAAUG